AUGAGUCCAGCUGAAUCAUCUGUUUGCAGAAAUGAUGAUCAUUCUUUUCAAAGUUUUAGUAGUCGAAAAUACCGUAGAGAGAAGGAAUCUGCUGAAAUUAGAGCUGAAAUGAAUAUUAAAAGUAAUCAAAGAAGAGGAGAUUUCUCUUUUAAAGAAGGAAGCUUUAGUUCUCCUUUUAUUUCCAGAUCAAGUUCAAAUUCCUCUAAUGGAAAAAGAUACAGCCCAGCCAAAGUAAAUACAAGGUUUAAAUUCAAAUCAGUCUCAAGAUCUAGAUCCAAAUCCAGCUCAAAAUAUGGCUAUCGCUCUGAAUCUAUGUCAUUGUCAGAUUCAAGAUCUAGAUCAAGGUCAAAUCAAAGGAGAAGGUCAAAACAAGGACAUAAUAGAAUUUCAAAAGAAAGAGGAAGAUCUAAAGAAAGAGUUAGAAGAAGUUAUGAAUCUAGUCCGGGAGAGUAUUUAGAUAAUUACUAUUGUAGCCAAGAUGAAGACAGUCCCUCUCGUUUAAGAAGUUACGAAACAAGGUCAAGAAGAUUUCAAAAUUCAAGAUCUGUCUCAAGUUCGGUAGAUAGAUCAAGUUACAAAGGAAGAACUUACCAAAGAUCUGACUUAAGCUACCUUAAAAACAAUCCAAAAAAUCAAUUCAACUUUGAAAUUAGCAAAAUUACUGAUAGAGAACACAGUUUAAAAAAUAUAACAACUUCUUACUCCAAAUCUCUUCCUGGGUCUCGAAGUACAAGUAGGAGUAGGAACAGAAGCAGAAGUGUGGAAAAGAAUAGAAGCGGGAGUAGAACCAGAGGAAGAAACAGAAGUAGAGACAAAAUUAGGUACAGAGAUAGAGGCUGGAGCAGAAGUAGAAGUAAAAGUAAAAGUAAAAGUAGAAGCAGAAGUGCAAGUGUUACAAGAUCAAAACCUCUUUCCAAACAAAAAUACAUCUCCAGAUCUCAAUCAAAGCCCAAAUCUAAAUCUAAGCUUAGAUCUAGAUCCAGGUCAGGCUCCAGCUUAGAUGAAAUAUCUGUUUCAAACUCAAUAAGCAAAAGUGCUCGACACAGAUCAGAGUAUUACAGGAAUGAAGAUAGCUAUGAACAAGAUUAUGAUCAUGAUCACGAAUAUGGAAAAAACACUAGUGGUUAUAACUACAGUAGUGGGUAUCUUAAUAGACAAAGUCAUGCAUAUAGUUAUGGCCAUAGUAACAGUUACUAUAACGACUAUGAUAAAGGAGGAUACAACUACGGUGACAGGAACUGGAAAAAUUACCAAAACUCAAGAUAUUCAAAUAAGUAUCGAGAUAGAAAUGAAAGUUAUGCACAAAGAUCAUUUUCAGAAGAAAGAGAAAGGUCAAGAGAAAGAGAAAGAAGAAGAAGAAGGAUGCAAGCAGAAUGUAUUAAAAAGGCUGGUGGAUUCCAAAAGCUUGCUCAAAGUGAGGGAAAAGAACCUACUCCUGUAUUUUAUGAUGGUUUCCAAUGGGUAGCAAAGACAGGAAGUACAGCAUCCAUGGAUCCAGCUACCAUGAAUAAUACUAGGAGAUUUAGGAGACUUUAUUUUGGCAACUUACCCUUAAAUUUAGGUCUCACUGAGUCAAACUUCCAACAAAUUGUUUGGCAAGAAAUGGCUUUAAGAGGACUCUGUUUGAAUCCCAAUGAAAAUCCUAUCUUAUGUGUUUGGUUUGCACAAAAGAAAGGUAACUAUGGCUUUAUUGAAUUCAGAACUGUAGAAGAAACUGAAAAAGCUCUUCAAUUAGAUGGAUUUGCCUGUAUGGGAUCCAAAAUUAAAGUCUCCAGACCUAAUGACUAUUCUCAGGCCCUUUUAUCAUCUUCUGGAAGUACACAAACACCAUGUUUAUCAUUAUUCAAUCCAAACAAUAUGUUAAAUUAUCAUCCAAUCAUUGCUGGAACAAUUACAAAAGAUAAUGCUAUGGCUUUAGGACAACAAGCAGCAUUACAAUUAUUAUUCUCCAUAGAAGAUACAUACCCUUUAGGUACCCUAAAUUUAGAUUCAAAAGUUAUCAGGAUCUCAAAUGUUUUAGAUCAUUCCCUAAUUCAAGAUCCUGAUCAAUGUCAAAAAAUUAAACAAGAUUUUUGUUCUGGGAUUGAAUAUAAAGACUCUAUUCUCUCCUCUAAGAUUAUCACCAUUGAUGAUAUCUCUAGAUUAUGUCAAGAACUUGCUGAAAGAGAUAUCCAGUUGGAACCUGCUGAUAUCCUCUUAGAGUUUGAUUCUAGUUCAAGCCUUCAAUUAAGUGUAUCUGCUAUGUCUAUAGCAAAAUAUGAUCAUAAGAUUCCGAAGAUGAAUUUCUUUGAUGAAAAUUUCUAUCAUAGUCAUCUAAAAAGAUGA